GACACACUUGGAUGGAGGCAAUUAAAAUGCCUGUCAGGCAUUUGGUACCAGGAGCCCCUAUGGCAAAUCAGUAGAUCGGAAGCCAGGGCUGCGUCCUAUCGUCAGUGAGUGAUGGCGGAGCCCAGUGGCUUGUCAUCAUUCUCGAAAAUUCUGAGGGUAGUGAGCUCUCUCUCCCUCUCCCACUCGCCUUAUUUUCCUUUUCGCCACUGCGGGGACUUCUUCUAAUUUGCAGCCUCCUUUUCCCCCCGACACACACAGACAGAGCUGGUGGCUUGCAGACUGCGUCUGUCUGGAGCUAGCAAGCCGGAGAGCCAGCCUGCAGACCAGGCUGCUGGAGGGGGAACUGGGCGGCUCUCAAAGGCUGGACAGCCAGGAUUGCUGCAUCUGCGCUGGUAACGAUUCUUCGGCUUAUCUCUGAGGAAGCAUUGAUUGGAAACUACUCAUUCAGAAAAUUAAAAAGAAAGAAGCCAGAAUACAUUACCAACCCUUUGAGAACUCAACAUAAGGCACUUCACGAUUUUACUACUUCCUUAGAAACUGCACAGCUUUGAAGAAUGGCAGAUGAACGGAAAGACGAGGCCAAGGCACCGCACUGGACCUCAGCUCAGUUAGCAGACGCAUCUGCACACCCACAUCCACCAGAAAUCAAGGACCAGGCUGGGGCCGGGGAAGGACUUGUCCGCAGCGCCAAUGGAUUCCCAUACAGAGAGGAUGAGGAGGCUGCCUACGGAGACCACGGGGCCCAGGGCCCCUAUUCAGAUACCAAAGAGAACGGGAUCAACGGAGAGCUGACCUCAGCUGACAGAGAAACAGCAGAGGAGGUGUCUGCGCGGAUAGUUCAAGUAGUCACAGCCGAGGCUGUCGCUGUCCUGAAAGGCGAACAGGAGAAAGAAGCUCAGCACAAAGACCAACCCACAGGGCUGCCUUUAGCAGCUGAAGAGACAGCUAACCUGCCUCCCUCUCCACCCCCCUCGCCAGCCUCAGAACUGACUGUCCCCUUGGAGGAAGAAGAAGAAACCCUAGAGGGUCCGAUGGCUGAGGAAGAGAAACCUGCUGCUCUUCCUGGGAAACAGUGUGGGGCUGCUAAGUCCUCAGACCAAGCCAAGGGGCCCAGUGAGGGCCAAGUGGAGGCUAGCCCCGAGGCACAGAUAGUUCCAGAAGAGAGUGCGCCCCCUGGGGCUCUGCAUGAGGAAAGUGUAAAAGAGGUCACAGAGUUGUCUCCGGAAGUAAAAACCCCUUCCUCUUCCAAGGAAGAUUUGCUUACAGCCUCGAAGAUGGAGCUCCAUGAUCAGCAGGAAUUGACUCCCUCAGCAGCUGAGCCCUUAGAAAAGAAAGAGAAGGAGUCAAAGCUGGAAAGUGAGCCUGGUGAAGACCUUAAACAUGCUGCCUUAGUUCCUCAGCCUGACGCAACUCAAACUUCCCCCAAAAGUAAGGGCACACAAGGUGCAGAAGCAGAAAAGGCACCUUCCUCUCUGUUUGGGCAGCCUGUUGGUGCCACCCUCGAAGACAUGAAACCGAAGGCAGAACCAAGCUUCAUAGUGCCUGGCAUUGGCCUCCCUGCCCAGCCUCCAGCCUCCAAAGAGCAAAAAGACUGGUUCAUUGAAAUGCCAGUGGAGACAAAGAAAGACGAGUGGGGGUUAGCUGCUCCCGUGUCUCCUGGCCCCUUGACACCCAUGAGGGAGAAAGAUGUGCUGGAGGAUGUCCCCAGGUGGGAAGGGAAGCAGUUUGAUUCUCCCAUGCCAAGUCCCUUUCAAGCUGGAUGUUUCACUCUUCCCGUAGAUAUCAUGAAGAAUGAAAUCAUCGCAGAAGCAUCACCCUUUGACCCUUUGUCAUUGCAACCAGAUGACAAGCAUACACCACAAGAAAUCGGCCCAGUGACUGCCAAAGAUAGUGCUAAAGUUGAAGACACACAAAAAGCUAAACCUGAUAAAGUGGCAGAAGCAGCAGCCUCAGAGGCAAUCACCUUACCCACGGAUGCUCACGUUCCGGUUGUAGAAGAAUCUGUCACUGAGAAAGGUUUAGGGGAAGAAACAGGGGUCACACCUCAAGAGAAAACAGAGAUCUCCACCCUCAGUGGACAGGAACCUGCACUUGCCGGAAGGGAACUUCAGCCAAAGCUUGAAGAAAAGACAUCUAUUUCUGACAAAGAAGCUGUGCCAAAAGAACAUGAACCCUCAAAAUUGAGAGAUGAAGAAACGGGCAUCAUCCAGACUGCCACUGAGCACACUUUCUUGCAAGAAGAACCUAAAAGCCAAGAGCAUGCUACAGAUAUGUUAAAACAGGACUCCUUCCCUGCGAGUUUGGAACAAGCAAUGACAGAUCCAACCAUGAUCUCGAACACCCUGGAAAAAGUCUCCAUUGAGCCAGCUGCACUCCAUGAAAAGAGUACAUUGCAGGAACUUUUUCAGGAGAAAGUUGCCGAUAAAGACAGCAAGGUGGAAGGAGUUGGAGCUGCACAAUCAACAGAAAUUGACAUGCCGUUUUAUGAAGAUAAGUCAGGAAUGUCUAAGUACUUCGAAACAUCUGCCUUGAAGGAAGAAGUGACCAAAAGCAUUCAGCUGGCCAGUGACUACUAUGAACUGAGUGACACAAGAGAAAGUGCCCCAGAGUCUGUUGAAAGCAUAUCUACCAUGCGUGAAGAUGGUGACAAGGGUUCUCAAGCAGAGAAAGAGCCCCAGCCCAGUGCCCCAGCACAGGAAGCUGGGUACAGCACUCUUGCACAGAGUUACCCAGCUGAGGUACCUGAGGAACCCAGUUCUCCUCAAGAAAGGAUGUUCACCAUUGAUCCAAAAGUGUAUGGGGAGAAAAGAGACCUGCACAGUAAGAAUAAGGAUGACCUGACACUCAGUAGAAGUUUAGGACUCGGUGGGAGGUCCGCGAUAGAACAAAGAAGCAUGUCCAUCAACUUGCCCAUGUCUUGCUUGGAUUCCAUAGCUCUGGGAUUUAACUUUGGCCGUGGUCAUGACCUCUCUCCUCUGGCUUCUGAUAUUCUCACCAACACGAGUGGAAGUAUGGAUGAAGGCGACGAUUAUCUUCCUGCCACUACUCCUGCAGUGGAGAAAGCCCCUUGCUUCCCAAUAGAAAGCAAAGAGGAAGAAGAAAAACUAGAGGAAGAAAAAACUACCGGAGGGGAAAAUACCCAAGUGGAGGCACCCUGUGAGUCGCCCUUUGUGGCCAAAGAUUAUUAUAAAAAUGGCACUGUCAUGGCCCCCGACUUGCCUGAAAUGCUGGAUCUGGCCGGCACCAGGUCAAGGUUAGCUUCCGUGAGUGCAGAUGCUGAAGCUGCCAGAAGGAAAUCUGUCCCCUCAGAGACAGUGAUUGAGGAGAGCAGCACUGGCCUGCCCCCUGUGACCGAUGAGAACCAUGUCAUUGUGAAAACAGACAGUCAGCUAGAAGACCUAGGCUACUGUGUGUUCAACAAAUACACAGUCCCGCUUCCGUCACCUGUUCAAGACAGCGAGAAUCUGUCGGGAGACAGUGGUUCCUUUUACGAGGGAACUGAUGACAAAGUUCGAAGGGAUUUGGCAACAGACCUGUCAUUGAUUGAAGUAAAGCUGGCAGCAGCUGGGAGAGUCAAAGAUGAGUUCGGUGCCGAGAAAGAAACAUCCCCUACCUCUGGUCUUCUCAGGGAGUUUGACCAGGAGAGGAAAGGAAAUGAUAAGCUGGAUACUGUCCUAGAAAAAAGCGAGGAACAUGCCGAUGCCAAAGAGCACGCCAAGGAGGCCCAGGAGGCUGGUGCCACAGUGGACAUGUUUGGGUUAGGAGUGACACACACAGAACCUUCGGCCAAAGAGCUGACAGCAUCCAAAGACGCAGCGUCUGAGAAAGCAGAGAAAGGACUUAGUUCGGUGCCAGAGGUCGCUGAGGUGGAACCAUCCAAAAAAACUGAACACGAACUGGAUUUUGCUGCAACUAAAGCUGAUGAGGCUCCAUUAGAUGUUAAAAUCAGUGAUUUGGGGCCAAUAAUGGCAAGGCUGGAUGUGGAUGCCAGAGAGAUAGCGGAGCUUACCCUGGAGGUUCAGCAGGAACAGGUGCCCCCAUCUGAAGCGCCCCGGGAGGCAGAUGUGUUCCUGGGGGUCGAGGCUGGCCACCUGAAGGACGGCGCCAGAGUCAGUGAGACGGAAGUCAAAGAGAAGGUGGCCAAGCCCGACCUGGUACACCAGGAGGCUGUAGACAAAGAGGAAUCCUACGAGUCUAGUGGUGAGCACGAGAGCCUCACCAUGGAGUCCUUGAAACCUGAUGAGGGCAAGAAGGAAACGUCCCCUGAAUCAUCCCUAAUCCAAGAUGAAAUCGCCCUUAAAGUGUCUGUGGAGGUCCCUUGCCCACCUGCUGUCUCGGAGGCCGACUUAGCCGCCCAAGAGCCGGCUGAUGUCCAGAUGGAAUCUAUUCCAACCUUGCCAAAAGAAGACAGCAGAGAGACCCCAGACAUCGCCGUCACAGCCUCCGACGUGCCCGAGCCACAGCCUGAAGCGGCCAUGGCCCAACCUGCAGAAGUCCAGAGCGAGGAAGAGGAGAUAGAAGCCCGGGGAGAGUAUGAUAAACUGCUCUUCCGCUCGGACACCCUGCAGAUCACCGACCUGGGCGCCCCCAGCAGCAGGGAAAACGUGCUGGAGACCUGCCCCGGUGAACGCAAAGGAGGCAUUGAGUCUGUGGUGACCAUAGAGGACGACUUCAUCACCGUGGUGCAGACCACAACCGAUGAAGGGGAAUCGGGGUCCCACAGCGUGCGCUUUGCAGCCCUGGAGCAGCCCGAGAUGGAAAGGAGGCCCUCCCCGCAGGAGGAGGAAGAGCUGGAAGAGGAGGUGGCAGCCGAAGCCCAGGCAGAACCUAAGGACGGCUCCCCAGAAGCCCCGGCCUCCCCCGAGAGAGAAGCCGCGCUCUCGGAAUAUAAGACAGAGACCUACGACGAUUACAAAGACGAGACCACGAUUGACGACUCCGUCAUGGAUGCAGACAGUCUCUGGGUGGACACUCAAGAUGAUGAUAGAAGCAUCAUGACAGAGCAGUUAGAAACUAUUCCUAAAGAGGAGAAAGCUGACAAGGAAGCUCGGAGACCAUCUCUUGAGAAACAUAGAAAAGAAAAGCCUUUUAAAACCGGGAGAGGCAGAAUUUCCACUCCUGAAAGAAAAAUAGCUAAAAAGGAACCUAGCACGGUCUCCAGGGAUGAAGUGAGAAGGAAAAAAGCAGUUUAUAAGAAGGCUGAACUUGCUAAAAAAACAGAAGUUCAGGCCCACUCUCCCUCCAGGAAAUUCAUUUUAAAACCUGCUAUCAAAUACACUAGACCAACUCAUCUCUCCUGUGUUAAGCGGAAAACCACAGCAACAGGUGGUGAAUCAACUCAGGCUCCCAGUGUAUUUAAACAGGCAAAGGACAAAGUUUCUCAUCCUACCUUGUCAAAGAUUCCUGCUUUGCAGGGUAGCACAAAGCCUCCACGCUUCAGCACAGCCUACUCUAGCACGGCUGAAAGGGGUACCUUUUCUGACAGUUUUUUAACACAGCCCAACUCAGCGGGCUCCACAGAGCGUUUCCCAAACUCAAAAUCAGGGAACAAGGAUGGCAUGACCAAGAGCCCAGAAAAGCGCUCUGCCCUCCCGAGGCCGUCCUCCAUCCUCCCUCCUCGCCGAGGCGUGUCAGGCGACAGAGACGAAAAUCCCUUCUCCCUCAACAGCUCCAUCUCCUCCUCAGCGCGACGGACCACCAGGUCAGAGCCAAUUCGCAGGGCAGGAAAAAGUGGCACCUCAACACCUACUACCCCUGGAUCGACUGCCAUCACACCCGGCACCCCUCCAAGUUAUUCUUCACGCACCCCAGGCACUCCAGGAACCCCCAGCUUCCCCAGGACCCCUCACACGCCAGGAACCCCCAAGUCUGCCAUCCUGGUGCCCAGCGAGAAGAAGGUCGCCAUCAUCCGUACUCCUCCCAAAUCCCCCGCUACUCCCAAGCAGCUCCGGCUUAUUAACCAGCCACUGCCAGACCUGAAGAACGUCAAAUCCAAAAUCGGGUCCACAGACAACAUUAAAUACCAGCCUAAAGGGGGACAGGUUAGGAUUUUAAACAAGAAGACCGAUUUUAGCAAAGUGCAGUCAAGAUGUGGUUCCAAGGAUAACAUCAAACAUUCUGCUGGGGGCGGAAAUGUACAGAUUGUUACCAAGAAGAUAGACGUAAGCCAUGUGACAUCCAAAUGUGGCUCUCUGAAGAAUAUUCGCCACAGGCCAGGUGGCGGGCGAGUGAAAAUCGAGAGUGUAAAACUGGAUUUCAAAGAAAAAGCCCAGGCUAAAGUGGGUUCACUGGACAACGCUCACCACGUACCAGGAGGGGGUAAUGUCAAGAUCGACAGCCAGAAGCUGAACUUCAGGGAGCACGCGAAGGCCCGCGUGGACCACGGGGCCGAGAUCAUCACGCAGUCCCCAGGCAGGUCCAGCGUGGCAUCUCCCCGGCGACUCAGCAACGUCUCCUCCUCCGGAAGCAUCAACCUGCUGGAAUCCCCCCAGCUCGCCACGCUGGCCGAGGACGUCACUGCUGCCCUGGCCAAGCAAGGCUUAUGAAGCCUCGUUUGGGUCGGAGGCAUCGUGCCCAGGCGCGAGCUCUGGGCAGGAGUGACCUCUGAGCAGGGGUUCCAGGCAUUCUUUACAAGCCCUAUGAUAAAUGAUCUCAUCCCUAAACUCUAGUCAUUGUUACAAUUUUAUAUAAAAAAUGAAUAGUAUAUGCAGAAAUCGACUUCCAGUUGCAACAGAAACACCCUGGCUUUACAUGGGUACAAUUGGACAGUUAUUUUCGCUCUGCUCUGUUUUGCAUGGAGUAUUAUUAUUAUUAUUUUUAAAAGAUGCAUUUUUACCUUUCAUGUGCCUGAAGGCUACCCAUCUACGUUCCGAAAGGCCUUGUUAAAAUCCAAGCUGCUCAUUUCACCGUUCUGUUUCUGAGUGAAGAAGUAAAAACUGCCCGUCGUAACUUAUUACAGGUUAAAAUUCAGGCAUCUGAUUGCAGGAAGGGAAGAGCAUGGAAGAAAUGUUUUUUUUUUUUUAAAGCAUUAUUUUGUAUAAAUGGGAAGAAAGAGUCAGUUAAGUUAUUAACAUUUGGGACCUGGAUAAUUAUAUCAGAGUAUCAAUCCAAUAAAUUAUUUAACUAAAAAUGUUACAAAGCAUUCGCUGUGGCUGAGGAAGCGAUGUAAAAGUGUGUCUCCUAGGAACGAUGCACUUUGAUUAGGAUGGAUUCAUGUCUGAUUAGAAUGUCAGUCGAUCAGCUAGAUUUAUGUCCACACGACCAGUUCCACACCCCCUCUCCAUCUGUUUGAUACAGUAUUAUAGAUAUAAAUAUAUAUAUAUAUAUUUCUCUGUGGCCAUUUGUGAUACUUCCUCAUAUACUUGAAUAUUAUACUUCUUUAUUCACAGUAUCUGUGUCUCCUGCACCCUUUGGUGUUGCAGUUUUAGGUAUGUGAAAGUAGAUGUUAGCAGGGUUCUCUCCCUAUUGAAAAAACAUGUUAAAAAAGACAAAAAGAUUUAGCAUGAAGUUGCUUUCUGUAACAACUCAAAACUGUAACCCUGUUUUAGUGCCAGAUACAAGUCUCUCCCGUGAUGCUAGAAAAAAAUAUUUUUCUUUGCUUUCACCAACACGGCGUUUAUGGGGGUGGGUCCAGUUAUACAUAAAAGGGUUUACAGAUUGUUGGUUUAAGAUUAUGGAUUUAUCUCAUUUUAAUCACAGAAUAGUUUUGGUUUUAUUCCCACACUCAUUCAUGCGACAAACCUCUUAAGACUUUUUCUUUCUUUCUUUCUUUUUUUCUUCAUUUGCUAAAGUUGAAAAUAAGCAUGGUGAUUUGGGACAUGUUUUCCCAUUCUUCCAAGUGAUAGCUGUGUAUUAAAUUUUCUAAUAGAAAGUGUUUGGCCUCCUAACCCAAAGCAAAGAUCACUCAAUCAAAAAGGAGAAAUACAGUAUUUUGAAAAACUAUCACCAUAAAAUAUUUGAGACACAGAUAUCUAAAUGAAUUUUUUUCUCUAGGACUUUGAUACUGCACUCUGUAAAGGUACUUGGUGUGACUUAUUUAUUUAUCAGUAGAUAAUAUUGUUCUAACAUAAUUUACACUCUGGAAAUCACAAGUCAAUCAGGUAAUUCCACUUGCAAAUCAUUCAUCUUAGAUUGCAACAAUCAAUGGUCUGAACAGGGCAGAGUUACCAAACUGGAUGGAUGCUUUUUAGCAUCUCAUCUGUUCUUUCUCUUGCUCAGGGCUUCUAGAUUGGAUCUAAACAGUGAAAGACAUGGUCUCUUGGAUCUUUGGUCCCUGUGAGACAAACUAGUUCCUGAAUAUAAAGGAUGAGACGUAAGCAUAGAACAGAAAACAAAUAGAGAAAUAUCUAAGACUCAAAGCCAAGGAAUGCAAAGAUAGAAGACAAGGUUCCACUUUGAUGAGCCAUUGGAUACAGCAAGAAUGUGAUUGCCACAAGAAAACCCUAGGAACGAAAUUCUCCAUUCUUUCUCAGCUAGGAGGUUUAAACAGGCAAAUAUGUCUUGGGCCAUUUCUAAAUAGGUUAUUUUUGUAAAAAUUUUAGCAACUACUGAGAAUUAGGGAUAUGACACUUUGAGCCUAGUAAAUGCUGUGAGACUUGAUUUGAUCGAUUUUGGCUAUCUGUUCAUCACCUUCCCUAGAACUACACCAGGAAAUAGGAGAAAGAAUAGUUGUAUGGAGAGUUAGGUAUUUUCUUACAUGUUUUGAUAGUGUUAGAUAGUGAUUGACAUUCUCUAGAAAAGCUUUGACCUGUGGGAAAAAAGUGUGUUUUCAACUUGGCUUGACUUUUCUUUUUUAUAAAAGUGAAGACUAAGUAAACAUGUCUACCUAUUAAAAUUCAGUAUUUCCAAAUACACAUCCAAAAUAAAAAGUUAUAUAAGGCACUAGCUUAAUAGAUUUGGCAUUAAAGUAAGUGUUUAUUCCUAAUCACAACCAAAUGAUAAUGACUAAGUACCCUUGUUUUGCAUAAAAAUGUUAUUGUUUAUACAAUUAAUAAAAAUGGAACUGAAUGUUUGCAUUAGUAAAGCAAGAGAAACACAGGCUAAAAUGUCUUUUUGUGGGGAUAUGAGGCAGAUCCCAUCUUACCUUUACUCUCAAGCUAACGACUUAAAUUAAGCUUUUUGAGCACCACUUUCGUGGGGACACACAUACGCUGAUCUAGAAAUGAAAGCUUCUUAGUUCCAUUUCUAGAUCUACUAAUGCCAGUUUCUCUCUGGCUUUAGCCUUUGAGAACCUGUUUAAGCAUACAUAAGUAAUCCAGAGCUGUGAAGAGUUAAAAGGCCAACUUCUCCAAUGAACUCACUCUCUCCGGGUCACCUGCAGCUUACAAUUGGAUACCGCGCAACAGUGCAGGGAAGAUCCGAGAUCCUGAUGAGUUUCAAAGGCCAGGUUCAUUGAGGAAGCAAUGAACCAGCUCGCUCUGGAUUCACCUGCUGAGUUCCAGCAGGGUGAUGGGCUGAAGCCCCCACCCAUAAGCAAGACACCUGUGUAGCGCUUGGUAGGUUUGGCUGCAAGGAGGCUAGCAUUAGGGUGCCAUUACACAGUGGAAUACGCUCAUCCAGCAACACUGCAGGAGUGGGAUCAUCAACCAAGCUGUGACAUCCUGUCAGUACUGUCAGUAAGAAAGAACCUGACUGGGGUUGAUUAUGCCACAGCUACAAUUACUGUUUUUCUCCUAUUUUUUUUUUUUUAGGCCACAAAAAGGAAAAUAAAUAAUUCAUAGUCUAAGCAGUGAAGAUAAAAUAGGUUCAUAGUUUAGGAAAGCAAAUGCCAGGCAUUCCUGCUAAGGUUGAUGUGUUAAAAUCAGCACAGAUGUUCAUUUUUGGUUUUUUGGAUUUGUGCGCUUUUUUUGUAACAUCUAGAAUUUUUAGCCUUGGUGUGUAGGUUGAGGCCAAGUCCCUCUGCAAGAUAAAAGAUGAUUUUCAAACUCGAAACAAUGUCAAUCAUAAAAGUCCACUUCAACUUUAGCAAAAAGAAAAAAAAAUCAACAAAAAUGUUUACUCUGUAUGCUGGGAUUCCAGGGUUCCAACAAGCCACUAUAAAUCUGUGGGGGGUUUCUUUCUUCUGAUAAUUCUAGAGCCUGUUACCAUAGAAAGGCAUUUCUUCGAUGGCUGGUUGUAGUUAGUUCAUGUUUUUCAAUCAAAUUUGCAAAUGUAUUUGUUGCUGUAUAGUGAUUGUUUUGCAAAAUAAAAUUGCUUGUCACCUCA